AUAAGAUAAUGGCCAAGCCCGAGUUACUGGCGCCCCAUCCCCUCAACACCACGGUGAAGAUCGGAGAGAGCGCCCAGCUCCAGUGUCGAAUCAAUAGCGAGAUGGAACCACAUAUUCAGUGGCUAAAGAGAGUUGACGACCCUAAAUUCAUGUCCAACAACUCUAUAAAGCUAAAGGGGCAACCCUUCAUCAUCCUGAAAACGAGUGAGAUCGGGAGCGGAUCCGAUGGCACAUACCUCAAUAAAUUUGUGAUUCAUCACGUGACGGAGGCCGAUGGAGGAAUGUACAUCUGUCUGGCAGCCAAUACAAUGGGCUUCAGUUGGCGGAGUGCACAUCUUAUUGUUCAAUCCAAUCACCCUCAGAACCAAUAUGCCUACACGAUCGACCGCAGUAACCUGAAUAUUCCUCUGGUUGUGGGUGUACCGGGCGGAAUCCUUCUCGUCGUAAUAAUCAUCGCGUUCCUCUUCUUCCAGCGGAGACGACGGGCGCAGUACCACCAGGGGUCAGUUGUGAACGGUCCUCAUUUCAACAGAGUUCCCACACAGGACCCCGAGCCUUAUCUUGGGGUCCCACACACGAAUGAUGUCAAAACAAACAUUCAUGUGAACCCCAUACAUGGACCACAACACAAAAACUUGUAUGCGGGCGUGCCUAGCCCCCAUCUUAUAGUGUCGAGUCGUGAGAUGCUAUCUAAAAAUAGCCAGAGUAUAGACUUUUACACAGACAUUUCGUCCGUUUCACAGAGUCAUCAUAAUCCACAUCAUCACAUGCAGCAGUAUUCCUAUAACGGACCCUGAACUCACAGUCAGGAGUUCUAAAGAUACCUCACUUCCUUUGUUUGACUACAAACAACUCACAGGAUCUUGUAUUCCGUGUGGAACAAUGAGUCAUUCUGAUUGGUCGAGAAAAGAAUUGCAGUCAUGAAAGUCUACCUGUGAUUGGAUAAAACAUUUCAUUGAUACAAAGAAACCUGUGAUACAAACUUCAAGUCACUGACCAACUGGUGCUGUUACUCAGGUGUGUUUGGGUGGAAAUACUUGGUAUGACAAUGGGCACAAAUUGUGCUACGUGAAAACUACCCAACUGAUUUGUGAAAUUGACACAAAAAAACCUAUAUGACACAAUAUUAUGCUUGAUACUGCAAUCUGUGAUAAAAGAUAGGGCCAUUAAAGGAGAAAGUUUACCAAAGAUUCCCACUGUCUUGGUGUAGACCUGAGAAAAAUAAAACACUUCAGACAUUGCAUUUUUCUAUGAAGCAAGUGAAUAACUUCAAUCAGAUGUCCAAUCAAGCAUUGUGCCAGUCUGAGAAUAAAAGGAGAGUGGAUGGAGACUGUAUAAGCUGUGUUUGUUGUAUGUAUGGAUAAUUGAUCAGCUGUCUAAUGGCUGUAUGUGUGGAUACUUGUUAGGCUGUAUAGAUAAUAUUUUGUAUAUAUGGAUACUUUGGAUACUUGAUUGUCAGUUUUGCAAGUGAUAUACAUGGAUACUUGAUAGUUAGUUUGGAUGUUGUAUGUGUGUGUUUGGAUUGUGCAAGGUUUUAUAUGAUAAAGAAUAUCUGUCCAUAAACAAGGAUUUUAACCUGUAAGAGUGCAAUCUGUAUUCAUAAAGAUUUAGUGAGUGUAUGGGAGAUUGUUUCUUUGUAGAUAUUCUACAAACUGAUCGUUGUUAAAUUAAUCUUGUAAUGAGACAGAACUGAGACCCUACACACAAUAUAUACAGUACACAGGUGUUUCUAAGUGCUCUUUUAAUACACCUCACAAAUCUACACACCUGUAAUUAAUUCUACUCUUCGUUUACAAUUUACAAGCCCUCUAUAUUACCUGUUUGUAUCUAGACAAAUCUUGUUUCUGUCUAUAAUGCCUGGAAUUUCUGUUUUUAAAUAACAAGGGAUUUUUGUUUCUUUAGAAUGGAGUCAUUUGGGGAAAUUUUGACCUGAAGCCUUGAUAUAUGAUGACAUUUCAUCUGUACCUUGAUACAUGGUUUACCAUUAUCAAUUGUUCCUUUUGAGUUUAGAUUUUACAAGAAAAUCCCAGCUGACUUAAGACUUCAUGUUUUAUUAAAAUUCUUGUCAGUUAUGAGGGCUGUAAAUUUUGUUUUGGACAAAUUAACUCUGGACAUGGUUUUUAUUGAGAAAUUAUUUUUGCAGCUUUCUAUUUUUAUGUUUAAAAAAU